GGAAACCACGAUUGUGACAGUGUGGUUACACUGUGGUCACCUCACCUGCAUCCAGAACAGAACACAGCACUGACCAAGACAGGCUGGGUCAGGGUGCUUGAAGGGUGGGGUGACGUGUGAUUUAAUCUAAGUGUACGUCACCUUUUUGACAUUUUGUGGGAAUUGUGACGCUAUUAGAGAACAUGCUUCGGUGACGGUAGUUAAUAUAAUAGAGUAUCAAAUUUGAGCACGGAACGUACGGACGUUAAAACAUUCCAAUCAAUUACGAUUCAUAAUGGACUCGUCAGACAAUUCACCGGAAGGAAAGGAUGGUGGUGAUACCUUGCAGCGGAAAAAUACUUUGGACACCUUGUCCAAAGAUGACCUUGUUAAAAAAUGCAAGAAUUUGUUGACCAUUGCACAGAAAGCAAAGCAAGCUAAAGAUGAAGCAACUGAUGAAGUUAAGCGAUUGAAGGAACAUGUGAAUUCUUUGCAAGGGAAGUAUGAAAAAGCUAAAGAAAAAGACAGAACCAAGGAAUCUCCAUGCCAAGCUGAAAUCAAUGCCAUGCAAGAGAUGGUUGCCACUCUAACUGAACAGAAGCUCCGAUUGACAAUGGAGAUGGAUGCCAUGCUGAAACACGCUGAUACAAUUGAAAAGCAACUGGAGACAGCAAAGACUGAGGAGCGCAAGAUGCGGCAGGCUCUUGUGUCUGCCUCAGCUCGUGCUGAUGAACAAGAAGUGGCAGCAGAGAGUGGGCGCAGGCAGAUAGCGAGGCUGCUGCAAGAGAAUGACGAUCUGCUUCAGCGCUUAGACAAGACUGAAGUCCAACUUCGUAAAUUAUCUUCAGCCAAGGAAGAGGACGUGAAGAGCCUGAAGGGCAAAGUGUCUUCCUUGGAAGGGGAGCUGCUGGUGCUGCAGGAGGAGCUGGAUGGAGUGUCAGAAGAGAGCCGUCACAAAACCACUGAAAUGCAGAAGGUCAAUGAACAGCUAAGCUUGGAUAGGCGGUCGUUGGAAGAUGAGCGAGACUUACUCAGAAACCAGCUGCGUGAGGCACACGAGUCUCUUGAUUCAGCUGCACAUGAGAACGACGAAUUGGAGAAGAGAUUGCGUGCCGUGACUGAAGCUGCUGAGCGUGACAAACAAACACUUACUGAACGUUUGGCGCAGCUGGCAGUUGACAUGAAGCGACUGGAGGAGUGCUCUAGCAAUGCAGAGAACUUAAAGGAUUUAAUGAAAAUUUUGCAUGCAGAGAAAGAUCAAUAUUUUCAGGAAAAAGAGAAAUUGAAACAUCAGAAUGAAGUGUUAAAUGAGCAGGUGAAAAUUAUGACACAGGAAAAUGAAACAAUUUUGAAGGAAAUAGAGACUCUCAAGGUUAACAAUGUGGAGUUACAGCAACUUGUGCAGAAUAUGGAAGCUUCCAAUGAUAGCUUGUUGAAAGAUGUUUCAAGAAUGGAGGCUGAAAAGCAAAAGCUUAGUGAAGUUCUUGGACCCAUCUGUAAAGAGAGAGAUAAUCUUGCUAUUGAAAAUAAAAAGUACAUAGCAGACAGACAGAAAAUUAUUGAUCGUCUAGAAUCUGUGAAUAGAAAAAAGGACAUCAUUAUUCAAGAACACAAUAUCUUGAAAUCAGAGAACAGGAAACUUACAGAAUGUCUGGAAUUUGUGAGCAAAGAAAAACAUAUCUUGGCAGAAGAGAAUGUGAAAUUAAAAGCAGACAAACAAAAAUUAAAUGAAUAUCUUGAAGCCAUGGUAAUUGAAAAGAAUCAACUGUAUGAAGAGAAAGAGAAGUUAAGUGCUGUAAUUGAAACCAUUAACACAGAAAAAAAUGUCAUUUUUAAUGAAAAUGUAGAACUAAAAGAUGAGAAGGAGAAGUUGAAUCAGGACUUGAGAGCAGCCAGUAUAGAGGCAGACGCUUUGCGAGCAGAAGUAAGAGAUGCGGAACGCAGAGUUCGGAGUGCUGUUCGACGAACUUUAACUGUUCUUCAACAGUUUCUAGGAUCAUCUCCCCCAGAAAUUUCAGGAGAACCACUAAUUGAAAACUUUCCUGCUGUAAUGGCUGCUUUAGAAGAAAAUUUGGACAAAAUAUCAUCCUUGUCAUCCAGGACAUCUAACGGUGUAUCUACCAGUGCGGCUGAAUCAUUAAACAAUGUUCAAGUCAAAGAUCUACAUACUCCUGAGUCAGUGUCAGAAUUGCCACCUCCUCCUGCUGAACUGACUAGCAGUGGUGAUUCAGUGACUGCUGAGACAGUGCAAACUCUUCGUACUGAAGUGGAACAUCUUCAAGCCAUGAUUGCCAACCUUGAUAAACGUUGUGAAAAACUCACUGCUGAAAACGAAAGCCUGAGAAGAAGUGUAAGAGCCAAAGAAGAAGACUUUGCUGCAAAGUUUCCAGAUCCUCGGAAAAAUAGUGCUCUUGAAGAUGAACUAGAUUGCGCGAGAAAGCAGCUGGUAGAGAAAACUCGGGAGACGCAGCUGCUGAGGGACGAAAUGAGUCGAGUCCUGCAGCAUCAGGGCUCAAGAUUGAGCAUCGCACCUCAGAGUGAGGACAUGGCAUUGUUGCGCUCAGAAUUGGCAGCUCGUUCUGCAGAAUUGGAGGCUUUGAAAUCAGAAUUCGCACGUGCUAAAGAUAUGCUCAAAGAAGUAACAAAAGUUGAAGAUAAGGAGAAAAAGAUCCAGUCAUUGCUCCAAGAAAUAGCUGUGUCUAAGGAGAAGCAGGCUACUUAUGAGUCACUUCUUCAAAAAUUUAAACAGGAGAUAGCUACCUUACAAGGGAAAGCAAAUAAAUUCCAAAGUGCUUUGACAAAAAAAAAUGCAGAAAUAGAUGCCUUGAAAGGAGAGUUAAAAGUGUUGAAGGAUAAUGAAGCAAGUUUCCAAAGUGGGAUGGAGAUCUUCCAUGAGGAAGAGAUGAAGUUGAAAGAGGAAGUAAUGUCUCUCCAGGAUGACCUUGCAGAGCGAAGCACUUCUCUUCAGAGCAUGUCAUCAGAAAUGGACCAUUUGAAAGAUCAAUGCAAGGGAUUCAAUGAAGAGAGACUGACACUACAGGAAGAGACUCAUAAGUUGCAAAUUAAAGUAACACAAUUGACUGAAGAAAUAAACGCAAAGACAACUGCUCUUGCUGAAAAAUGUAAAGAGUGCGAUGCUUUGAAACAAGAGAACAGUUUGUCUAAGGAAGCAGUGAAUGAGAAAAUAAAAUUAUUGGAAAAUCAAGAGAAGAAGCUGGAUGACCUUGAGAAAAAUAGCUCUGCUGUAAAGCAUGAGCUGAUUGAGAAAACUCGUAUUUUAGAAGAGAAAACUCAAGAAUUGGUAGCAUUGAAACAAAAACAUAAAGAAUUGGAAGAGAAAUUGGAAAGUGGUGGAAGGAGCCAAGAAAACAUUUUUAAGUUGCAGGACAAGGUUGUCAAGUUAGAAAAGAAAUUGGAGGACAAGAUUACAGAAAAUGAAAAACUUAGAAAAGAAGCUGAAUGUCUCUUGACAGAAAAUGAGAAGAUAUUGAAAGAAUUUUCUGUGCAAGAAGAAGAAGUGGUGAAUUUGAAGAAACAGUUGACCAUAAAAGAAGCAGAAGCUGCUGCUUUUAUUGCUGAAUUAAAGAAGAUGGAAGAUGAAAAUGAAGAAACUUCAAGUAGUUUGAAGAAAGUGAUUGAAAGUCAAUCUGCAGAAUUGAAAAAUUUAAAGGAAGAGUUAAAACAUGCUGAGAUAAGUCAGAAGGGUUUGGGAGAUCAAAUCAGUGAUUUCGAAGUGAAAGUUAAAGAAGUGAGUGAACUUAAGAAUAAGAUAGAUAAAUUUCAGGUAGACAAUGUGCGACUUACUGAAGAUUUGAAACAGCAACAAAACACCAUAGCUGAACUGAUGCGCACAGUUGAAACAAAAACAUCAGAAAUCAGCCAGUUGAAAGAGGAAGUGCGAGUAGCUGAGGAGCAGUUCAAUGAUAAACAAAGGGCUCUCGAGAGCCUCACUGACGAACUUGCCAAUGUACAGAACUCAUCUGCAGAAGCUCUUGGUCGACUGGCAACAGCUACAAAGGAGCUUGGGGAGGCGCGUGAAAGGCUCGCUGCUUCCGAAGGUGCCACAAGGGAUAUGGAGCUGCUACAGAAGCGUUUGCAAGAUGAAAUGGCAGCCAAAGAAACCUUAAGUGGCAAACUGCAGGCAUUACGUAUUGGUGCUGACAACCUGACUGUGAUUUUGUGUGAUUUAAGAUCCAAACAGGAAUUGCUUGUCACUGACAUUCAAGGUUUUAAAGAACAGACACAAUCAAAGGUGAAAAGUUCAGAAGUGUCUUUAAAUAGUUGGCUGGAACAUGUGGUUCAAGCAGAGAACACCCGCAGCCAGGAACUGCUAACAGAAAUGAAUGAAAUGAACCAAGUACUGAAGCAGCGAGGGGAGGCCAUUUCCAAGCUUCAGGAAGCAGGACGUGACCUGGAAGCACGUCUUCUUUCCACUGAAGACAAACUGGCCACCACAUGCGAGGAACUCCAGCUGCGUGAGCGUCGCUUGCAAGAGGCAGAGGAGGAGGUGAAUGCUCUGCGAACAAAACUUCAGAGUGUCGAGACUGGGGAGGGCCAGAGUGAAGUAAUGAGCACAAGCACCCUUAGCAAGACCGAUGAAGCCUCUCGUCUAAAGGACGUUGAGGAGAGCUUUGAAGAUCGCUACACCAAGCUGCGGACUGUGGCGGUGAGGCUGAAGAAGCGCGUUGCAGAGCUGAUGGCCCAGGCAACAGCAGCUGAUGCAGAGCGCCGACAGUUGCUCACUGACCGUUCCGAUCUGCAAUCUCGUCUCAGUCAAGCUUCUGCUCAUGCCAAGAACCUACAGACCGUACAAGCAGAGUGUGACCGCUUGCAAGAUGCCCUGGAGCAGCAAAAGAAGGAAGGCAAGAGCCAGCAGAGGGACCUGGAGGCCAGCCGCGCGGAGGUGGCCACACUCCAGUCACAGCUGCAGGAGGCCGUGGGCAGGCGCCAGCAGUUGGAGCAGGCGCUGCAGGCUGCCUCUGAAGAGCGCUCCUCCCUUGAACGGCAGUUGACCACGGCAAGGAAGGAGCGCGAUGCUGAAGCAGCCAACACGUCACGGCUGAAGGCCGAGGUCAGUCAUCAUCAGGAAGACAUGAGAAAGCUGGAACAUCGUCUGACUGAAGAAGGAGAGAAACAUAAAGCAAUGCAAGAAAUGCUGGAAGCAAGUCGCCAGGAGUGCAAGAAACGCAGCGUGUUGAGCUUAGAAAUGGAGGACUAUGAGAGAUCGGUGGCUGACCUUCUCCAGCAACUGGCUGCGGAGAGGAAGCGGCUGGCGGAAUUGGAGGAGCAGCUAAGUACUCAGCGGGAAGUUUCCCAGGGCCUCCAGGAGCAGUUGAAACUUGUGGAGGAGCGGGCGCACACAGAGCACAUGCACUCCAAAGAUUUAAAGACCUUUUUAGCAGAAUCGCAUAAAUCUUUAGCAGAGGCUCAGGAAAAACUGCACAACCUGGAAGAAGAGCUUGCAGCAGAAAAGUCGCACAAAGAAGAUCUCUUGGCACGAGCGGAAGCUCACGAGGUGCAACUGACUUCUCUCAUUGGGGAAAGAGAGCGUACGGCUGAGCUUGCACGUAGUCGCCAAGAAGCUCUUGCAGCACAAGUGGUAGCAGUCGAAGACCGCUGUUCCCGCCUUCUUGGAGAAGUGUCCGAGAGGGACCAACAACUCUCUCAUCUGAAAUCUGAGUUUGAAGGAUACAAAGUCCGAGCACAGGCAGUACUCCGUCAGAAAUCCACAACAGUGGUGUCAACAGCUCCAGAUGAGAACAUUGCAGAAGAGUGUGUGCGACUCCAACGACAGAAUGAAACUCUUCAAUUAAAACUUGAAGAAGCUCUUAGCAGGCUGGAAGCCGCAAAUUUUGAGCUGGCUGCUGCGCAGGAUGAGCGAGAGGCUGCUAAUCAUCACAGCCAGGAGUUUGCGCGAAUGAUUGAAGAGCUGCGUCAGAAGGAGAACUGUUUAAUAGAACAGCAUCAUGAGGCCCUUAGGGCUGCAAAGCUGCAGACUGAGACCUUGCAAUCAUGCUACAAGCAACAAUUAGAAGAGACAGAAUCUCGCCUGAAAGGUGAAGUUUCGCGCCUCACCGAAGAACUUCAAAUUGCUCGGAACAAAUUCAAAGAGAGAGCAGUGGUCCAGUCGCCUGCGCUUGUGAUUGCUGGCCAGGGCAUUUCUCCGUCUCACCACAGCAGUGCCUUUGCCCCCGUGAAGCCCUCUGAGCCCUUGGAUGUUGCCCUGUUGGAGAGAGAGGAGGGGGAGGGUUCCGAGCAUGUUGAAGAAAUUGCAUCUCCUGAUGUUGCUUCUGUGAGGGAGCUUGUGCCUCUCGACAAACUUCUAGCUGCUUCUCCUGAAGAUGAGAGUUUGUCUGUAACGACAGUGAAGGAUAAACCUGACAAUGGGAGUUUGAAGCACCCCCCCAGCAGAGGGAGUGCUGGUAAUUCUGAAGAGUCCCAGAUGAGGCAUCUUGCUUCCCUGUUGGGAGAGACAGAACAAGACUUGGCUCGCCUCACCCAACUCAAUUCUGUCUUGAAGGAAGAGGUGAGGCGGCUCACACGUAGUCUGGAACGUCAACAACAUGCUGGCAACAACUUGGAAUACCUGAAGAAUGUUGUUUUGAAGUUUGUAACACUGCAAGGGGGAGACGAGAGGUCGCGGCUGGUACCAGUGUUGAACACAUUGCUCAAACUCAGCCCCGACGAAGCAGGCCAGCUGAGCCAUGUGGCCCGAGGUGCAACUGAUGGAAGUGGUCGUGGAUGGGGCACAUACCUUCAUUUAUGGCCAAGUGCACCAUAAAGAAUUUUAUUGGCUACAUAUCCCAUCUAAUUUUUUAUCAAACUGUUUGUGAUAAGAUGCUGCUUGUACAAGUAAGGACAUACAGACUAAAGUUAACUGUUGUGAUAUGCUUCACUCUAGCACCGCCGAAGCUCAGUAAAAACUGAAUUUGUGGGAGAACAGGAUAUCUCGCAAAGGAACUUUGAAGGAGAAAGUGGAUAGUUAUCACACUCCUACGGAGGUUUUUGUUGGGUUAAUGCCCUACCUGAAAACAUCACUUUUUUUAAAUUAAUUUACUUCUGCCUUUAGAGGCAACUGUAUAUGAAUCACAUUUCUAGAAGUUGUAAACAAGUAGUAGCAAACAAUGCCACCAUUCUAGCUCUUAAUAUUUGUAAAAGGGACUUUGACAAUAAGAAACAUUAAGGGGUCAUAAAGAUACAAAUCAAUAAUGGCAAGUCUCUACUAUAAUAUACCUUGUAAGUAUUUCUCAGAACUUGGAAGAGUUUUAAUGUCCUUUGCCAAAAAAUUCUGAGGACAACUGGGUGUGGCAUUAUUCCAUAUUGUUAUUCAGCUUAAAAUUCAGUAAAAUGAAGUAAUUUCUUCAAAUUUUUCGUGCAUGUAUCCUCCUAAAAUGAGCUUGCAGGAAGCAAUUUUUAUGGCUUAACUUGUUUACUUAAAAGUGUUUCUCUUUAUUGUACUACAAAGAUCAGCUGUCUGAAUGAACUUCAGAAUGGAAAAGUAUGUAAGAAAUGAGUAUUAUAUGCAUAAAUAAGAUAAAAAUGCACAAAAACUAAUUAAAUUUAAUUUCAUAUAUGAAGUUUAGAAAUGUUCCAAGUAGCGAAGCUAGUCAGUCAAUUUUUGAAGAGAGUAUGUCUUUGAAUAAUUAAAAUAAAAUUUUAAAGAAAUAAAAGUACUAAGAGAAUGGUUUCUGUGUUUUGCAUGGACUGCAAGAUAAAGUUAAGUGAUAAUGGGACUUGUAUCAUUGCAUGAAACUUACUUCAUUAUGUCAAAUACUGUAAAUUUCAUUAGCACCCAAGCAAGAUGCACCCAGAGAAGAUGUGCAGUGAUAGGUUUGCUGAGAGCAUGUAUUAGCACUGAUUAAAAUUCUAAAUCUUCUUUCCAGAAAGUUGUUGUGUAAUAUUUAGAAUAUCCCUUCAAUUCAGUACUGGGAUGUUGCUCUAGCAAAAGCAAGCAUUCCAAGAAUUAUUAUGUAAGCAUUUAUGCGAUGGAAUUAUAUUAUUAAUAUUAUUCAUGCCAAACUUUAUUAACAAGGCCAGUAUUUUGUGAUUUGCAUGGACAUUAAACACUUAAAGUGAAUAGUCUAAUAUUAUUUACAGUUUUGCAAAGUUCACAAAUAACAUUGAUCAGUCUGAAUACAAUUUUUUUUAAAUGAUUGUAUCUUCCGCUUGUGUAAUAACCAGUGGAGUAGAAAAUGCUAGCUACUUAGCACUUAACUUAUUGUUUUUGCCAUUACUGUUGCCUAUAAGUGAGAAGUCUGAGAGUUAGCAACUCCAGAUCUGCUUAAGCCUUUUACUAAUUCUUCCAUAGAUUAGAGGCGAUUUGAAUGUGAGUGUUGAUUGGAAAAUUGAACUUGAUAAUAGCAUCUUUUACAUACAUAAUAACUAUGUAUACCCUUCAUGUGCCAGGUUGCAUUGUUUUUUCUGGGUGUAGCUCAGUGUCAGUGCUUCAAAGCAAAUUUUUGGGGUGAUGGUGGUGUAUUGGCUUCAGAUCAUACCUCUUGACUAUUCAGAAUAACCUGUAACUUGUAGGCCUGUGUAUAUCACAGACCAAGUGUGAACUAGGCAUGGCAAAAAUUCUGUAAUGAUACUUUGGGGGUGCAUAUUUGCCUCUGAUCAACAAUUAUUGUUAGUGCUGAUUUUAUAUACUGUAACUACAAUGUACUAUAUUCCAGCUAAAUUAUUUGUGCACUUCUAAAAACAAUAAUGUUUGAAAAUUAAAUGAUAAUUAUGAAACUAAUUUGGUAAUUCUCAGUUUUGAAUAAAGCCAGAAACUCAGUGCAGCUGUGUUUUUGGAGUACUGACCCUGAGCUGAUAAGAGAAUUGUACAAAUGAUUCAGAAUGAACUGAUAACUUGUGGAAAGACAAAAUUAAUUGUAGUGUGGUUUAAAAUUAAUAGUUAUUAAUAUGAAUAAUACAAACAUCUUUUAGCAAAACUAAAAUUCAUACAGUGAAAAUAAGUAGUUAAUUCAGAACAAAAAAUAGACUCUCAAAUUUUUACUAAUAUCUUAAAGUUUGAUAUUUUUCUGGACUAAUUACACACUUAUUUUAUCUUUCCACAAGUGUACCUUGGAGUACCUUUUUUCUUACUUCUCGUUCGCCGUUUUCUUUCUUUCUUUCUCUAUCCUUCUUUUCUCUCCUUUCUGUUAGAUUUUAGCCAACCAAGAACAACAUGAAGUUACUUUCAUAAUUUCCCUUUUUCUUUUCUUUAAUUGUUUCUUCUCAAUUAGAAAUGCAUCCAUAAAUUAAAUUAUGUAAGAUUGCAUUAUUUUUGUUUCCCCUACUUUUCUUAUUUUAAUUUGACGUCUUGUCAGGCUCUAGUUUCAGAUUUGUAAGGUAUUAAUAACUGAAGGGUCUCCAGUGAAGUGUUUUAAAAUUAUUCAAUACUGUCUUCAGUAUUCAAUAAUUUUCUAAGUAUUGCUAAAAGUUUAAAUUUAGUACAUAAAAACAAAGCACAAGUUGUAAAUAUAAUUUAUUUUUUAGGAACUAUUUAAGGUAAUGUUAGAAGUUUGAAAUGUGCAAAUGUUAUAUUUCUGUGAAUAGAAAGAAUAGUUAAAUUGUUAUAAAAAUAUUUUGGGUAGGUAUAGUAAGUUUGUGUUCUGAAAACCAACAGAGUGCUUUGUUAGCAAUAAUUUACCAGCUAGUGGAAUAAAUCGCUUUUGUCAUUUUUGAAUUUCAUAGGUACAUAUAUAAUCAGGGCAAAGGGAGAAAGGCGACUUAGAAUUGAAUAAGUCUGUAUGGAAUUUGGAACAGAAUAAUAAAUCUGUUAUUUGAUGGCUACAGCAUUAGCUUUUUUUUUUUUGUCAUUGAUUAUCAUAUAAUGACUAGCAUCUCUUUUUUUAUUUUGUUUCUGUAGACUUCUCAGUGAAGUACCCGGAUUGAUGCCUUUAUUGCAUUCCUCUUUGCAUUUUUAAGAUUUAUAUCUGGAGACUUGAGUGGUGUACUGAAGACUAGUGACGAGUGAUAGAACACAAUAUGUGCUGCAUAUAUAUUUGUUAUACAUGCUAUUUAAUAUCUAAACACAAUAUUGUUUCUUCUGCAUUCUGUUUCUGUGGAUUUAAUAUUAUAACAUCACAGCAAACUGCAAUAGACUUGAAACUGUGAUUUCGUGGAUAUUACUUAAAUGUAAUUAGUUUAUGAUAUAUGUUUUUGUACAUCUUGUAGAUACAAAGUCAAUGGGGUAUUUGCAAAGAUAUCUCAUGUUGAGCAGUGUACAAAUUACAGUCAGGUACUGUUUGAAGACAUCUGUGAUUUUAAUUUCCCUUCUUUGCUAUACACUGUUUUCUUUUGAAAUGUAUAUUAAAAGUUGUUGUAUAUUUACCAAAUAUAUGUAGUAAAGUACUUAAA